GCCGGAGCUGCGGGCACUUCGGAGCGGGGGGAGCGACGGCCCGGCCAUGGCCCCGCAGCAGCCCAGCGCCGGGCAGUACCUGCGCUCCGACAGCGGCGGCUCGGCCACCCGCAUGCUGGGGGACGGCCCCGGCGCCGAUCCCGGGGGGCUGCGGGAGCGGCGCCGGAGGUGCGGGCCUCUCUGGGGCAGCGUGGCCGUCAUGGCCAUCCUCGCCCUGCAGAUCGCCUCCACCACCGGACUCUUUGUCUACUUCACCAUGGCCAUCUCCAAGCUCAAAGCUCAGUCGCAGGGCAGCUCGGAGGAACUGAGGUGUCUGCAGCUUAUCAAUCAGCAGCAGGAGGGCUCCAACUUGGAAGAGCUGAUCAGCAACCAGUCCUGCCUCAAGCUGGCCAACACCAUCAAAGCCUACGUGGCCACGGUGACAGAGAACGUCAUCAGCAGGAGUGUCGUGAAUGAGGCCCAGAAGAGCUACUUCAACAUCUCAGAGGGACAGGUUGCUACCAAAACACUCGGCAAACCCUCAGCGCAUCUCAUCUUCCGCCCACAGAACCCGGCCCAGGACGGAAGCUCCAGGCGCUUUGGGAACCUCUCGCAGUCCUGCCGCCAUGCCAUCACUCGCUGGGAGGACAGCACCAUCCACUCACACCUGCAGAACAUCACAUACCGGGACGGCCGGCUGCGGGUCAACCAGGCAGGCAAGUACUACGUCUACUCCCAGAUCUACUUCCGCUACUCCCGCGACGGGGCCGGCGCCCGUGUCUCAGUGCCGCAGCUCGUGCAGUGCAUCAACUGGAAGACCUCCUACAGCCAGCCCAUCCUCCUGCUCAAAGGGGUGGGCACCAAGUGCUGGGCACCCGAGGCAGAAUACGGCCUCCACGCUCUCUACCAGGGAGGACUGUUUGAGCUCAAGGCCGGUGAUGAGCUCUUCGUCUCCGUCUCCUCGCUGGCCAUUGACUACAGUGACGCAGCAGCCAGCUAUUUUGGGGCCUUCCGGCUCGACCUGUGACAGCCUCCUCAUUCUCACACCCUCCCUCUGCUCUUGCUGGAUUGACAAUUCUGCGUGGCCUAGGGCAGAAGCAAUUUGAGCAAUUUGAGCCGCCGCUGCAUGCAGCUUCCCUCAUGCUGUUGCCUUCCUCUGGGUGGGACAGCAGCCGAAUGGCCGGGGAUCCAGGUGGGCCUGGCAUAGUGUAAUUCCCUGCACCUGCUGAGCCUGGUGGGUGUCAGCUGGAGCUGGGCAGAGCAGAACACACUUCUAUCAAGAGCCACGCCAUCAGGGUGCCUUGUAACCACUUCGUGUGCAUCUGUGUGCCCCCCACGCCAGCAAGGCAGAGGCACGGGGGCCACAAUUUCAGACUAAUCUUCCUCAUGGCAGGACCACCCCCUGCAAGUCUGAAUCCAGAUCUGGCACACGCAGGCAGCAAAUCACAGCCAGCCAUGCUGCCAGGCUCCCAGACCCUGAGCUGGAGGUGCUGGGGCAGAAGUCAAGGUUAGCAAAGAGAAGUGGUAUGAGGAGCAUGGCUGCAGGGCUGCCCACCACCCCACGGCCAAGCAGCCUGCAGGCACAGGACAGAUCCAACAUCAGCUUUUAGGCGAUAGUCAAGGAGUUUCAGUUCAGACCAGUUAGAAACUUGGGCCUAUGCCAGCAGUCAGCCUCUGAGGAGGCAAAGAGCGGGGCCAUAAUGCUGCAAUAAUUACCAGCACAAGCAGCUGCACCCAGGCACGUGGCAGAGAUGCACUCCUUGCCCAGGUUAGACACUGCAUCAACAGAGCCCUACAUGUGGCACAUCCACAGCAGCAUCUUCUCCCUGUCCCUGAGAAGCCACACUGAUGAGAAUAACAUCACUGUUGGGUGCUGGGGAAGGUGCUGAGAGCAGGAGCGAGCCGGGGAGCUGCAGACCUGCAAGACUGGCACCUUGGGUGGUCCUUAGCAGGCUGUUGGGCAGCACAGCCACUCUUUGCUCACAUCGGUUGUCACCCUCCAGGACUGCCACCCAGGCCAUGCUUUAGCUCAGGCAGCAGUGGCACAGGACCCAGCACAAAAGCAAACCCCUGUUGCUUAACAUCCAGGACACGUCAGAUACAAAAGACAGGUUCAAGCAGAGCAGAGCACGAUAAAGCUGGCUCAGCCCACGGACACUGUGUGGACAUAGGCCACUUUUUGUAAUUACUUGUAUACUCUGUAUCAUAUUCUGAAUGUUGAUGUACAGGGACAGGCCAGCAGCACAAGCUGCCACAAAGGACACAAGCACCCCUCCUGCCAGCACAGUUCUGGGGGGGUCUCAGUGCUGUUUUUAAUAAAUCCUGUACUCCA